GCGAUGAUAACCUGAUUAUGAGCGUCUCUGCGUCGGGCUGCUUUAGAAACAACAGCUUAGCACUGUUUUUCUAUGUCUGUUGCUUUGUUUUCUUUUUUGCCGUUGCCUUCUGCUGAGUUCAACUUAAGGCUUUUAUUCAACUCUGUGGCCAUUUUGUUCUGAUAAACACCAUUGCCGGCUCACUACAUUUCGUGCAAAUGCUCUCGGAUCUCUAUAUAUACCCUGUCAAGUGGAAAUCCACUUCCACUCUUUUAAACCAUCUGGCCUGGUGAACGGGACACCUAUAGCUCUUGGGCUCACGCUGGUAUAGAUGAUCCACCCACGGAAACAUCUUACACGUCCGUCCAGACUCCACAGCUAAUUCAACUACCAGUAUCUGUGACGGGGAAAUUCUCUAUCAAUGGCCAUGGAUGAUUGAUUGAUAGUUGAGGGCCGUGGUAAAUCAUCGCUGGGACUCAACACUCCAUCGAUGUCCCCCCACUGAUGGGUUGGAUCAUAGAGUAGAAGCCUCAGCGCUGCCAGACUGUCAAACCGCGGGAGCUGUUUUAGUUCUUCACCUCUGGGUACCGUUUUCUGUCAAGCUAAAGACGUUGUGGUAUAUGGCAGACUGUUUGCAUAUAUGCGUUACGCCUCCUCCACCUUCCACAUAACCAACUCGAGGGUUCACACCUUCCGCCCUUCCGAUUCCAACCUCCUAUCCCCUACAAUCCGUGCUCAGAUAUUCCUCAUAUCCUCCUCCAGGUUUCCUCCCUCCUCGACUCUUGUCCUGCAAUCCGUUCCACCCCGGUCUACUGCGCCUAAUCAGAACCCAGCUCAAAACAAAAUCUGGCAUUGGCUUGGCGUCCAAUUCGGCUGGGAGUGGCUCCUGCCGCACCCACCGCCCUUGGAAUACGUCGCGCCGCUCCUGGAGGAAUUGCGUGGUCUCAGGAAUGAUAUCAAUUGCCAGCUUGUGCCGAUUUUGGGUCUGGUUCAAGAUCGGAUGGAAUCGAGUGGGCGGCACGCGGAUUUCCAGAGGAGCGGGGAUGUUAGUGGUAGUGGUGGUGAUGGAGAGGAGAUGGUAUAA